AUGGUGAACAGCACAACAUUUUUCAUCGCUCUAGAAUACUUUGAUAUCACCUUGAAAGCAUUCCUAAGCCUUCGCGAAGGAUGGCCGACUCUUUUCACUCUGCAAAAUGUCUUCACAAUACUUGCCUUAUUUCUCGCUGUGUGGAGCUACAUGCCCACUUUCAUGGGAGUCAAAGCCCCAUACGCGGGGUAUUCUUCGAAUUUUGUCCCUGGCGCCUGGGCUCGCUUCCAGUUUACCAAGGGUGCUCGGCAGAUUGUUGACGAAGGGUACAUCAAGGCAAAUGUCAUGUUCAAGCUCUCACGGACCGAUCGUGACAUUUUAGUACUCCCAAAUAAAUACAUAGAUGAGUUGCGCAACUUACCAGGCGAUCGCCUUAGCUCGAUGAUCACGUUGGUUCGAAACAACUCUGGAAAAUAUGGUGGUACCGAAAUUCUGCUGGAAAGCGGGAUAGCAUCCCAAGCGAUACAAACAAAGAUUACUCCUCAAAUUGCGUUGCUUAUGCAUCCAAUGAAGGAAGAGCUCGAUCACGCACUAAGCAUCGAAGUCCCGGAUUGUAAAGACUGGACGUCGAUCAAUGUCCAUCCUUUCUUCGCCAACCUAGUCGCCCGCGUCUCAAAUCGGGCGUUUGUAGGGAAGAAUAUUUCUCGUGAUGAGAGGUGGGUCAAAACGGUCACUGACUUUACUUCCAACGUCGCGAUGACCACUAUGAUACUGCGUGCCAUUCCACCAGUCUUUCAUGGCCUUGCAACGUAUUUCCUGCCUUCAUCGUGGACAGUAGAGCGGACGAUUCGAGAUUCGCAUACCAUCCUCGGCCCAGAGAUUGCGCAUCGACGGAAGGAAGAAGCACAAAACCCGUCGUAUAAGAAGCCAGUAGAUUUGCUGCAGGGAAUGAUGGAUCUUGCAAAGCCCGGCAGCAAGCAAGGAACAGCUCAAGAUCUCGCUCAUCGGCAGUUAGUCAUGAGUUUGGCCGCUGUACACACUACAGCAGGGCAAGCUGCUAACACUCUGUUUGAUCUCUGUGCACACCCAGAGUACUUUGAUGUUCUCAGAGAGGAGAUUCUUACGGAUGUUGUCAAUGACCUCUCCGGAUGGGACAAAACAUCUCUGAGUAAGCUUAAGAAGAUGGACAGCUUCUUUAAAGAGUCGCAGAGGUUAAAUCCGCCUAGUCUACUUGGAUUCCAUCGCAGUGUCGAGGACUCCAAAGGAAUAACACUCCAUGAUGGGAAGUACCUACCCCGAGGAACCCAUAUCUGUAUGGCUUCACAUGCUACGACAAGUGACCCGGGAAUUGUAUCCAACGCGGCCAGUUUUGAUCCUCUUCGUUACUGGCGCAUGCGGCAAGAAUCUCCGGAAAAUGCAAACAAGCACCAGUUUGCCAUGACAAGCAACCAGUUCUUCCAUUUCGGACACGGGAAGUUCUCCUGCCCAGGUCGCUUCUUUGCGUCAAAUGAGCUCAAGCUGCUAUUUUCCACCCUUUUGCUGCGCUAUGAUUUUAAAUUUAAAGAAGGUCAGACGCGGCCAAAGUGCCUCAAUAUUGACGAGUUUUUGUUUGCCGAUCCUGGCGUGCAGGUGUUGAUACGUGAACGGGAAAAGCCAAUUUACUUCUGA